CCUCACUUCUGCUACUUUUUCACAUUGCUGUGGUUAGAAGCAGUCUCCUCCUUCACAUCACAAGUCUUCAAGAAUACUUUUUUCUCCCUAAGCUCCUACUGCUCUUUCUUGCCCAGUUUACAGAACAAGGAUCACCAUGGGAGAGAAUUCGAGGAGGAGGAAGAAAAGAAAACAAGAAGAAUCAGCCACGUCCUCAUCUGAAUCAUCUUCUGAAUCUGACUAUGAAGUUGAUAGCUCCUCUGAAGAUGAAAAACGGCAAAAGCGUCGGCACAAACGGCGUCGUGAGGGGGAGAGGAGUCGGAGGAGCUCCUCAAGGAGUGAUAAGCAUAGGGAGAGGGUGAAGAGAAAAAAGAAACAUGUGAAGAAGCGGGAGCAUAGAGGCAGCAGCAGUAGUAGGAGAUCGAAACGAGAGGGAAAGAGGAAGUAUUCGGAUUCUAGUGAAUCGGACACCGGUUCCGGGUCAGACUGUGAUGAUUUCCAGCCUGAGCGGCAAAGGGAUAGUCCUGGGGAUGUGGUCAAAGGCAUAUUGCAGGAGUUCCCUACUGUAGCUGGUGAUUUGGAACAGGUACUACAUUUUAAUUGUUCUUCUGUAAUUAGCUAA